AUUGGUUAAGGAGAACAGAGAAGAGAUUGUUAGAGAAAAAAAGGAAACCUUUCUUGGUAGCAGCAAUUUACCAGUCUUUAUCCACUAGUGCAUCAGCGCAACCUACUGUGAAAUAUGUUCAGCUGGAUGGGCAAGAACGAGAAAACCAAAAAGUCCCCUGAGGUUAUCCACACGGUGACUGAGGGCCUGAAGGACCUGUACAAGAAGAAGCUGAAGCCAGUGGAGGACUUCUACAGGUUCCAUGACUUCCAUUCCCCAGCGCUGGAGGAUGCUGAUUUUGACAACAAGCCCAUGGUGCUGGUGGUGGGACAGUACUCCACUGGGAAGACCACCUUCAUUAAGUAUCUCCUGGAGCAGGACAUCCCUGGCAGUCGCAUUGGCCCAGAGCCUACCACUGAUUCCUUCAUAGCUGUCAUGCACGGAGAGACAGAAGGAGUGAUACCUGGGAAUGCACUCAUGGUGGAUCCCAAUAAACCUUUCCGCAAACUAAAUCCCUUUGGGAACACAUUUCUGAACAGGUUUAUGUGUGCCCAUUUGCCAAAUAAGGUUUUGGAAAGCAUUAGUCUUAUAGACACUCCAGGUAUCCUAUCUGGUGCCAAGCAGCGGGUGAGCAGAGGCUAUGACUUUCCUGCAGUCCUUCAGUGGUUUGCUGAAAGGGUGGAUCGUAUCAUCCUUCUCUUUGAUGCCCACAAACUGGAGAUCUCUGAUGAGUUCUCUGAGGCCAUUCGAGCCCUAAAGGGCAAUGAAGACAAGAUUCGUGUGGUCCUGAACAAAGCUGACAUGGUGGAAACCCAACAGCUCAUGCGUGUCUAUGGUGCCCUGAUGUGGUCUCUGGGUAAAGUUUUUAAUACUCCUGAAGUCCUAAGAGUUUAUAUUGGUUCCUUCUGGUCAGAGCCACUAAUGAUCUCUGACAACAGGCGGUUGUUUGAACUAGAAGAACAGGACCUUUUCCAAGACAUACAGAAUCUACCCAGGAACUCUGCUUUGCGCAAACUUAAUGACUUGGUUAAGAGAGCCCGGCUUGUAAGGGUCCACGCUCACAUCAUAAGUCACCUAAAGAAGGAGAUGCCAUCAGUCUUUGGCAAAGACAACAAAAAGAAGCAGCUUAUUAACAAGCUCCCUGUUAUUUUUGCUAAGAUACAGCUGGAACACCACAUUUCACCUGGAGAUUUCCCUGAUUGUGCCAAAAUGCAGGAGCAACUGGCAAUUCAUGACUUCAAGAAAUUUCAUGCCUUAAAGCCUCAUAUGAUUGAUGCUUUGGAUGAGAUGCUGACAGUCGACAUUGCAAAAUUAAUGCCACUGCUUCGCCAGGAAGACUUGGAAACCUGUGAUAAUGUGGUCCAAGGAGGAGCUUUUGAUGGCACCCAUAAUGGCCCUUUCAUAGAGGGUUCCACUGAUGGGAUCUUUGAGGGGUUGGAUGAUGAGGAAUGGGUGGUUACUAAGGACAAGCCUAAAUACGAUGAGAUAUUCUUUAAUUUAGCCCCAACUGAUGGAAAAAUCACUGGCACCAAAGCCAAGAACUGGAUGGUAACCACUAAGCUGCCCAAUUCUGUGCUAGGCAAGAUCUGGAAACUCUCUGAUGUUGAUCGUGAUGGCAUGCUGGAUGAUGAAGAGUUUGCCCUUGCAAGCCAUUUGAUUGAAGUUAAGUUGGAAGGUCAUGGGCUACCACCUGAGCUGCCAAGACACCUGAUCCCACCAUCAAAAAGAAGACAGAAAGGAUCUGCUGAAUAAAUCUAACUGUGCUUCAAGAUAUGAACAUCAGAUCUUACGCCCUGGCCAUCCUUCCAUGUCAUGUAAACAGGGACGUUUGCUCUAAAUGUUACUAACAGUAUCAACAUAGCUUCACCUGUAUUACUGCUUAAAUAUUAUAAAACACAAUUUGGUUUAGCUUAAAUUUAGAAGCUUAUCAUUCCACUGGAAAAUGUCUGAGGUUAUCAAUAUAACUAAGUCCAACACCAGCUGAAAAAAAGAUACUGACUUCCAAAGUUCAUAUACAGCUAAGGCUAUGAACUAACCUUAAUGAAAAAGAGCAAACCUGCUCCUAAUCUAGCAUGGCCUAUAAAAAAUGCCUUAUUCUUUGAAGUUUGGAAACUCUUUGCUGUUUUUUUUUCUAUUUCUUUGUUUGUCAUAUUAUACAUUAUAUAUAUUUCAGAGUUUGCUGUUGAUACAUUAUCUAGUUUCAGUCAAUUCUACAGGAAUACCAAAGGGCUAAUUUUCUUUAUGUUUUAUCUGUAUUUUUAUACAUCGAAAAUGCAGUAUAUACAUGAGGAAAUGCAGUCACUAGGCAUACUUUGUUGGAAUUCCCACCUAAACUGAAAUUGCUUGGGAAGGGUCAUGCCUGUUCUGUUUUGAAGGCCCAUCUCAGUAAAAAAAAUCUAUCUUCUGUGAAAGCAAAUAUAAUUUGUUGUCCUCAAGCAAAAGCCAUGUGUUAGUGUGUGUGCAAAGUAGUUGUGCUUAAAUAUGCUUAUGAGUUGACUUUUAGUUUUUUGGAGGUGCUUCACUCAAGCCAUAAUUUUUAAAAACAUAUAACUGAGUGGCUGGUAAGUAUAUGGACCUAUAUCAAUAUAUAAUAUUCAUAUUUGCAGUGGAAUCUUGUCUAUGCAAGAGCCUUGUCUGCAGGUUAAUAUGUGACUACUAUGUACAACUGGUGCUUUACCCCUUUAACCCCCUGUGUUGUUCAUAUACAAAAAUACUCAAUGUAACUAAUAGCAAUAAAAUCACUUCUGCUGGGGGCAGAGAUUAUAAUCUA